ACUCAAGCUCAAGCAUCUCAUAACAACAAUGCUUCCCUGCUAGAAGCGCGCAUAAUUACCGAACCGACCCCCGGCAAUGAAGAUGAAUUCAUGGUCAACGAAAUAGCUCAAGCCACUCAAAUGGUCUGGCAGGUUCCCACGGGUACCGACGUCAACACGGCCCUGUUCACUCCUUUUGACGGAAAGGAAGCCAUCAGCGUCGGCACCAGCCACCUCUGCGGCUGCACCUCCAUGGUGAUCAUCAGCCAACGCGGCGUCUAC